AUGACUGUAACCAAAGCGAUUAAAGAUGACAGAGUAGUAAUUAUCAUCAUACCUGGAUAUCCUAUGUACUACUAAGCUUCAAAUAUUAUUAAUGAAAGCGUUAAAGUAGACAAGCAAUUAGCUGUGAAGCAGUAUGAAUACAGAUAUGAUCCAUUCUCUGCUCCAAAUACAAAAGCAAAGAAAGUUGGAAGUGAAACAUAUAUAGAACCGUAAAUGAAGUUUAUAAUGCAUAGAUAGAAUGUGAAAACUAAUUCAUUCUACCCAACAUAAGGUAUAGUUGCUGAUAAUAUUAAGGAUCCAGACAUUAGAAUGCUGAAGAAACCUUUAAAAGAUACUCUAUCUAGUAUCAUUCCUCCAAGCAAUCUUGAAAGUGCGUUAAAAAAGAGCGCUACUGAGCCAGCAUAUGUCAGGAAUACAUCUGAAUGUCCUAAUGAUUCACCAAAUGCUUUGAACUGGAUAAAGAUGUAUUAAGAGAACAUUAUUGCAAAAAAGAAGAGGAUGAGAAUUGCUACAAUGGAGAUUACUAGUAUUUGGGAUCCCAUAAAUGUGAAAUAAGGUGGAACUCUAAUGCUGACCUCAUCAUCAAAGUACUUAUAAAUGGAUUUGACGUCAUUUUAAGAAAUCGGAUCUCGCCCAUCAGGAUUUAUUCUACUUGAUGAUUAAAUAUUGCCUAUGAUUGUUCCCAAUCCAUUUGAUAGGAAUAUAAGACUGCAGACAAAGCCCUUUCUGUUAGGAAAACAUUUCCAACCAACAUACAAAGGUAUCAUAAACUAUUAAGGUAAUGAUUUAUUUGCUUAUGUAAUUACUAUCAUUCCUAGUCCUAGUCCACCAAGACAACUAUAGAAAAGUACGAAUUCUGAGUAUUUAGUAGCAACGAGAGAGAGAAAUUAAGAAAAAAUAUAAAGUCCCAAACCAAUGGCCAUAACUCUAAAUGAUAAGAAAAUGAAAUUUACAUUUAGGGGUGCAAAUAAAGAAUAGUUUUAGUUCCAAUAGCACUAGCAAAAGCCAUUACCAAAGAUUAUAUAGGAUCCUUAAGUAAGAGCAAACAUAAACUUAGAUGUUUCCCCAUAUGUUCAUUGUUCCAAGGAUCUAAAGAAGAUUGAAUUAAAAAUUUUUAAAGCUACAAGAUGA